CCUUGAGGCAACAUAGAGAACUAAAUCACGUGCCCCAAAAGUCAGCUGAUCUCUCAGAAAAUUUGUGAAAAAAAUUUCCUGGCGUGAAAAAUGGCUCUCCACUCGGCAAUUAAAGGGAAAUUACUCUCUGUAAUUGGAGAUGAGGAUACCUGUGUAGGAUUCCUCCUGGGUGGUGUUGGGGAAAUCAACAAGAAUCGUCAUCCCAACUUUAUGGUUGUGGAUAAAAACACCUCUGUGGGUGAAAUUGAGGAUUGCUUCAAGCGUUUUGUGAAGCGUGAUGACAUUGACAUCAUCCUCAUCAACCAGAACCUUGCAGAGCUCAUUCGUCAUGUGAUUGAUUCACACACCGCACCCCUUCCGGCUGUACUGGAGAUUCCAUCAAAGGAUCACCCCUAUGAUGCAUCUAAGGAUUCAAUCCUCCGCCGUGCCAAGGGGAUGUUCAAUCCUGAUGAUUUGAUGACACCAAGCAGAGGUUAAUGAGAUGGAGGAGGAAAAGCAAAAGAAGAAGAAUAUUCUCCUUUUAAAAAAUUCCAUGUGGCUCCACACAAUAAUAUAUAAAUAACAAGGUAUUAAAAAAAAAGAAAGAAAAAUAUUAUUUAGUUGCUGUACGAUGUGUUAAAUAAAAAAAUUGUUCGUCAAUGAAAAAA